AUGAAUUCAUUUAUGAUAUCGUCUAUAAUGGACUUAAAACCUUCGUGUUCAGAUACUACUAACACUUACAAUAUGAGUGAUUGGACAAAUGAUCAAGGGUUGAACAACAUUUUUCUCAAGGAUAGUUUAGUACAAAAUACUACUCCAAUAAAUCGGCUGUCAUGUCUCCAAAAUACAUCUAAAGAAUUAAAUCAGAAUACAGAUUCUUCAUAUGACAUGAAACAAGUUGAAUAUAUUUCAAAUUAUGAAAAUUAUUUGCAGCUAUUUUUAACAAAAUGGAAUCAACACUAUUCAAUGUCCAAUAAUUGUAUGCAUAGCGAUUCCGCGUAUCAUGUAAAUAUUUCUUCACAGAACUCAGACACUGUAAGUGAUGAUACAAGUGGGGAAUACUUGAAUACAGGUUUCAAGUUUCCUAACAACUUCACCCCGACAAGCCAAGAUCAGUUUACUAAUUUACUCAUGAAAAGUCAAUUCGAACGUUAUAACGUUGAAUGUUCAAGUGAUAAGGAGAAUUGUUCUGAUGAAUUUAAUGGAUUAAAAACUACAAAUCUUUCUGUUAAAUUAAAAAAAUCAAAAAGUGAUUCUAGAAAUCGUACUGCAUUUACAGACUAUCAAUUAAUUUGUUUAGAACGUGAAUUCAGUCAAAUUCAAUAUUUAUCUCGUAUUGAUCGAAUUCAUCUGGCGCAAAAUUUAAAACUGACAGAAAAACAGGUUAAAAUAUGGUUUCAAAAUCGUCGUGUACGUUGGCGCAAGAGAAAUUCACAAAAAUUUAAUUGAAGAAAAAUGUAUGAGGGGCAAAGUUUUUGUUAUUAUUACUUUAUAAUGAGUAUAAUUUUGUAAAGAAC